ACAUAGACUCUGAGAACAGCAAGAUUAACUUCUGUUACAGCAAGAUGCCAGCAGGGGCAGAGAGGACCAAACUCCCCAGAACCUCUUCUAGAAUGUUGACCCGGUCUGGAGAGAAGCAUCACCAUCUGGAGAGGCAGAGGGAGGUGACUAGGACACUGGUCAUCAAGAGUUCUCCAGAWGAAUUUACACCUGAAAUUCAUGAUCAGGACAACAGGGGAGAGUACCGAUUCCUGUGCCCCCAUGCAGGUCUGUUCCAGUGCAGUAUAACAGGCCUGGUAUUUAGGAUGGAGGGAGAGGCAGAGGUGCUCUAUAUGACAGUCCCCUGGGACAGGAGGCUUCUAUCACAGAAUGGCAAGAAACCUGCAGGACCCCUGUUCAAGUUUACAUGCCUUAAGGGGUCUGUCAGUCAACUACACCUCCCACACUGUGAGAUUCAUUCUGAGGGUGGAUGUGACUUCCUGUCUGUAGCCCAUGUGACUGAUGAUGACAGUAUGGAGUUUCUCCAUCACCAUGAGACAAGAGAAACUCACGUCAUAUUAAACAUCACUCAAUUCAGCAAAUAUGGCAUCACCAAGGAUAAGGAAGCUCCUGUCUCUCCUAUCCGUGCUCUGGUGCUACUAUUUUACAAACUCCCAGAUGAUAACAAUAAUUCCACACUAAGUGUGUUGUUGCUGCCCAGAAAUGUUGACAUUGCAUGAGGUAAGUAGAUCCGAGUUAUAAAACUCGUCUUUGGUUGGAAUUCAAUCAAACUCGCACUGUUGACUCACCUUUUUCCACAGAAAAGCUUUUUUGGGGGUAAUGUAACUGUAAACAGGGAAUUGAAACUGUGGGGGGUUUCGCACGCAAACCCAAGAGAACAUCCUCAAGGUCAGAGGUGACAUUUGGCUCCAUUUUCAGGCAGUGCUACCUCAUUAUGACAGUGUGUUCCAAACCAUUUCCAAUCCUCUCAAGGUGUGUAAGACAAGGAGACAAGGAAUGGAGACCGAGAAAUCUACAUUGAAAUAAAUCCUAACUGUAGACUAACCCGGGACCAAGAAUACACCUCUCUCCACUGAUCUAACAGAUGAACAUCACAUAGAUCCAGAG